CCGGGGCGGUGGCGGCGGCUCUGAGGAGGGCGGGCCGGGGCGGGGUAGCCAAGCGGCCGGGGCGGGGCCACACUUUGGCCCCGCGUCCGGCUCCCAUGGCCGCCCCCGGCUCCCCGCGCUGCCCCCUCUCCCCCGGGCCGCGCCCCGGGGCCCCGCACUGACGGCCCAUGGCGCCGCCCGCCGCCCGCCUCGCCCUGCUCUCCGCCGCGGCGCUCACGCUCGCGGCCCGGCCCGCGCCCGGACCUAGACCCGGACCCGGACCUGGACCCGAGUGUUUCACAGCCAAUGGUGCAGAUUACAGGGGAACUCAGAACUGGACAGCACUGCAAGGCGGGAAGCCAUGUUUAUUCUGGAACGAGACUUUCCAGCAUCCAUAUAAUACUCUGAAAUACCCCAAUGGGGAGGGUGGCCUAGGCGAACAUAACUAUUGCAGAAACCCAGAUGGAGAUGUGAGCCCCUGGUGUUACGUGGCAGAGCAUGAGGACGGGGUGUACUGGAAGUACUGCGAGAUUCCUGCCUGUCAGAUGCCUGGAAACCUUGGCUGCUACAAAGAUCAUGGAAACCCACCUCCUCUAACUGGCACCAGUAAAACAUCCAACAAACUCACCAUCCAGACCUGCAUCAGUUUCUGUCGGAGUCAGAGGUUCAAGUUUGCUGGGAUGGAGUCAGGCUAUGCGUGCUUCUGUGGGAACAACCCUGAUUACUGGAAGUAUGGGGAGGCAGCCAGCACUGAGUGCAACAGCGUCUGCUUCGGGGAUCAUACCCAGCCCUGUGGGGGUGAUGGCAGGAUCAUCCUCUUUGAUACUCUUGUCGGUGCCUGUGGAGGAAACUACUCAGCCAUGACAUCUGUGGUCUACUCUCCUGACUUUCCUGACACCUAUGCCACGGGGCGGGUCUGCUACUGGACCAUUCGGGUCCCAGGAGCCUCCCACAUCCACUUCAACUUCACCUUGUUUGACAUCAGGGAUUCUGCAGACAUGGUGGAGCUGCUGGACGGCUAUACCCACCGUGUCCUGGUCCGAUUCAAUGGGAGGAAUCGCCCACCUCUGUCCUUUAAUGUCUCUCUGGAUUUCGUCAUUUUGUAUUUCUUCUCCGAUCGCAUCAAUCAAGCCCAGGGAUUUGCUGUUUUAUACCAAGCCAUCAAGGAAGAACUCCUGCAGGAGAGGCCCACUGUCAACCAGACACUGGCUGAGGUGAUCACAGAGCAGGCCAACCUCAGUGUCAGCGCUGCCCACUCCUCUAAAGUUCUCUACGUAAUCACCACCAGCCCCAGCCAUCCAUCGCAGACUGUCCCAGGUAGCAGUUCCUGGGCACCAGCAGUAGGGGCUGGCAGCCACAGAGUGGAAGGAUGGACAGUAUAUGGCUUGGCAACCCUCCUCAUCCUUACAGUUACAGCCAUUGUGGCAAAGAUACUUCUGCACGUCACACUCAAAUCCCAUCGUGUUCCUGCUUCAGGGGACCUUAGGGAUUGCCGUCAACCAGGGGCUUCCGGGGAAAUCUGGAGCAUUUUUUAUAAGCCUUCUACGUCAAUUUCCAUCUUUAAGAAGAAGCUCAAGGGUCAGAGUCAACAAGAUGACCGUAAUCCCCUUGUGAGUGACUAAAAUCCCAUCAUGCCUAGGACAUGAGGUCCUCUUUGGACUGAAAGCAGCCAGGUUCAACCUUGCCAUGGUUCUCCUCUAACAAAGACCAGCUCUUCCCUGCCCCCCCAUCUUGAGACUGAGAAGGAGCAGCAUGCUGCAGGGGCAGGGGAGCCCGGAUUCCUCUUGCUUCAUCAGCUGCACUUGGGACAGACUCAGGGCCCAGCAUCUAGCCCUCCCUGCAUCUUUCUCUGGUCUAGCAAUGGGGUGUCAGCUGGGGAGGCCAAGAUGACAGAGAUGGUGGCAGCUAGCGUUGGGCUCAGGUACAUUCUAGAUGACUGCUAGGUGGUGGGUAGGUUUCGUGCAUAUUGAGUUUUUCUGCUCUGUUUUGUCCACACACAGAUCAGUUUUCUCUGGUCUGUACAGUUUGGGAGAGGGCCAGGCUGGAAGAAUUCUCAGGUCUCUUGAGGGCUGGCCUGAUUCCACACAAUUAUGGACUCCUGGGCAUUAGCAGCCCCAAAUUGUAGAGGGAUGGUGCUCUACACUGACUCUGGAGCUUUGCUGUCUGAGUGUUGGACUAGGAAGGCUGUAGUCCAAAGGGCCUUAGAAAGAGCUAGUGACCCCCAUUCAUGCCAAACCUGAUGCCUUCCACACACAUGCUUUUUUCUGGAGAUAUCUUUCUGUAACUCAUUGAGCUACAGAGCAAGUUUGAGGGGUGGACAUAGGAAAUAUCCACUUAUUUAUUCCUGUUACAGAGUCUGCUGGAAGUGUUUAUAGGCACUCAGUAAUUCCUUUGGGAAUUGGACUUUUUUUGGUGGUGAGGGGGCAGUACUGGGGAUUGAACCCAAGGUCUCACACAUGAUAAUGCUCUACUAUUGAGCUACAUCCCCAGGCCUUUUCAUGUUUUGAGACAGACUGUCACUAAGUUGCCAGGGCUCACCUUGAACUUGUGAUGCUCCUGCCUCAGCACCCCCAAAUAGCUGGCAUUAUAAGUGUAUACCACUGCACCCAGCUGUGAGUUGGAUUUAUUUGGGCCGGCCGCAGGGCUGCUCAUGGUCCUGUGGAACCUGAUCAGGUCUUAGGCUCUCUGUUUUCUCAGCUGACUCUCAGUUCAAAACAGGGAGGAUAAAGACUGGCAUAACCUUUAGGCAGUGUUGUAUAAGACAUGGGGCUUGCAGAUCCUACUUUAAAAGAAGGUUAAAAAAAAAAUCACCCUGGGACUGUGUGUUCUGCACUUUCUUAUUGGAACCCAGUAGGAUAAUGUGUGAUUCUGUGGGGAAGGAGAGAGCUAUUACCCUUGGCCCCAUGCCACAUUGUUCUUCACAUAGAGAGGUGACCUGCCCAGACCCGGGUGAGAAGGGAGGGUUGGGAACUAGAGAUCCUCUAAGGAUAGGCCUGAAGAUUGAGAGCUCCAGCUGCAGUGGCCACUGGUUGUGGGAAUAAAUCUCUCAUUUAGAGGUCCCACCAUCUAGAAGCAGGCUUUGUCAAUAGCAGCUGAGAAGAGCCGCUUAUGACCCUGGCAGCAUGGCUUCCUAGAGGCACUCAAGCCUUGGUGCUUGUGUGCCUCUGCCCUUUCAGGUGCCCUCCUUGGCUCUGAGCCUACCUCCCUCAGAUCCCUAAGCCACUGCCUGCUGUGGCCUUCCUGGGAUUCUAGCAACCCAUCUGCGCUUGGCUGCUCCCAGGAAAACAGAAUGUUUAGUCUGCUGACAGAGGUGAGAUUUGGCAACGUGAGUCCAGGAGAGACAUUCAGAACCAGUAAGUAGAGAGGCAUUAGUGAAGAGAAAAGGGACAGUGUGUCCACAGAUUGGCAGAGCACUGUCCAGGCCCUAUGCAAAGCUGCUGAGGACUUGGGGCUGCUGGGUGUUGUCUUCCUACUUUGAUCUAGAAAGGGUGUUCACCCUGAAGCAGCUGUUCACAGGCCCCUGAGUCCAGAUACAGAGGCCUGUAGCGCAAUGGGACCACUGGAAAUAGACUUGACAUGUGCAGUUUCCCCUCUAGGCUAUUCUGGGCUUUUGUGGAAUCUGUCAAAUGCUGGUGUCAGGUGUGGGCAGUCACAAAGAGCCUGUGCUGUGAAUAACUCCACGCAAUGUGGAAUUUAUCCCUGGGAAGGGCUGGCAUGGCCAGGAGGAUUUUCUCAGUUGCUUUGGGCUGAUGCUAAUCACUGGUAUUGGGCUUCCUGAAGGUCACUCACCCACCCUGUCACCUAGCCUCCUCACAUCUCAGGGCACAGGCCAUGCCCCAGCCUAGGUGUUGUCUGAAUGAAGCUGGAGUAGCCCUUUCUCAGAGACUCCAGGAAGCACAGGUGAUGCUCCUGCGUGGCCUGAGCACAGUCCAGUGCCUCCAGGACCAACAUCCUCUCCAAGGAGCAGUCCCAAGAAACCCAAACCCACCUCAAGACAGCAUGGGAGAAGGAGGGCUGCAAAUUAACCUAAGCCAAACACCAUAAACGCCUGGCCACAGCCUCAGAGCAUGUCCACAGCCUCCCUGUGGUGAGUAAACACCUGAGAAGUAAAAUGAUCUCAGCUGAGCUUUCAGGAGCAUUGCAGGAAAAGGCUCUUGACCUUUUAAGAAACACCUUUAGGAGAAAAGAGGGAUUGGAAGGAACUGGAAACUGGUGACUUCAAGGAAGUAAAUAACAGUGCAGCAGAAGACCUUGAAAGAGGAGUGGAGGGCCCAGAGCCUUUCCAGAGGGGAUAUAGCGCAGCUGUGCACCGUCCUCAGCCCUGUGCACUUCAGUGCCACUGGCCUUGAAUGUGCAUCACCCAUGUGUUGCUCCUGUGAUGACUGCACCUCAGCUGGCUGGGGUCUGGCUACCUGGUGUCUAGCAGUGUCUCACUGCCCUUGGUCCCUCAGAAAAGGCUGCCCUGCUUGUCCAAUUCAUUGCAAAGCAGACACUAAGCAGGAAUGAACCCCUUGCCUUCCCCACAUCAGUCAGGACCGGGUUGAGGGCUUCAGCUUCAGACUUCAGUCAGCCAGCAGCCCACAAAGAUCAAAGCACUUGCAAGAACAGCUGUCCUGGCCCUCAGGUUGAACCCAAGGCGUGCCUGGGCCUGGUGCCACCCCAGUCAGCUCAGCCAGGAGCCUGUCUGACCCCGCUUGGAUCUGGAUCUGGCGGCUGGUCUGACCAACAGGGCACACAACAGGCCACCACCCAGCCCCUGUGGGUACCAUGCACUUAAUCUUAACAAGCACUUAGAAGUGGACAGCCUUCGAGACCCAGCCUCCCAGAGCCAGGCCAGACCCACUCCACAGCUGAGUCAUCUGGGGCCUUCUUGGGUUUCAGAUCCCCUCUUUGGUUUUGAUGUUGGCUUUGUUACUACCUUGGGAGUUUGUAACACUUUUGACCGUUUUCUCUGAUGUCUUUGUUUACCUUCCUCACUGUUCUACCUCCUGGCCAGGUCCCUCCUGCCCUGGUGUGGGAUGUUUUUCAAACUUUCCAGCUCUUGCUGGCUCCUCUCAGGCUGGACAGCUCAGGGGAGACAGAUCUCUGGGCGCCAUAGCACAGGCUUCUGCCUUGAGGAGCAGGAUACCAGGAGGGUGGAGGAGGGUAAUCAGAGGGGAAUCUCCUGCUUCAGAAGGAAAGUGUCCUAGGAGGUCCCUUUCCUGCCUGUGCAGGGGCUGCCUUCCCUGAGGUUCACAUGGCGCCAGGACCUUCCCACAUCCAAAGUCACUUCCCAACCGGGAUUUUGACUUUUGAUGACAAGGCUUUAUUUGUAAAUAUGCUCUUAAUAUGCAACUCUGAGAAUAAAAUAGAAACAUCAUGUAUUUUAAAAUAUAAAAUGAAGUGUGAUGCACUGUAUACAAUUUAAUAUAUAUUUUUAGGAUUUUGUUAUUUAAGAAAAUGGAAUGUAAUGGUACUUUUACAAAAGAGAGAAAAAUGUUAUUUUUACUGUCUGGAGAAAAUAAAUAUUCUCAUUGUUGUAGAAACA